AUUUUUGUAAAUUUUAUAUUAAUUUCUUUUUAUGAAUAAACAUAGGUUUGAGUUAGUUUAUGUUUUAGAGAUAUUAAUAAUUUCAUUUAUUUUAUCAUCAUUGCUGUGAUAAACAUAAAAUUCAUCUUAGGUAUAUUUAUUAAAAAGACUGUAGGAGUAUUUUAUAACAACUUUUUACACAAAAAUAUGUGCAUAGUUUUCAUAUAUAAUGGAAAAGACGACGUCAAGAGUGACUACAGAUUUAUUUUAGUAUCAAAUAGAGAUGAAUAUUAUAAUCGGCCAGCACAACCUUUAGACCCUUGGACAGAGAAUCCUAAUGUAUAUGGAGGCCGUGACUUACAGCCGGGAAGUGGUAGUGGAACAUGGAUGGCAAUAAAUCCAGUACUUAAGAAAUUAGGUUUAUUGCUCAAUUUACCUGGAUCCAAAAAAGAAAAUGUACAAUCUAGAGGAAGAAUUGUGGCCGACUUUGUCAAAAGCCAUUACAAUACAAAAGAGUAUGUAGAAAUCGUAAGAGAUUAUGCAACUGAGUGCAAUGACUUCAUAUUUAUCUCUUUAGAAUAUGGAGGUUCUGAACCUACAGUUAAUAGUUAUACAAAUGUAACUGACAAGAUUGAACAAUGGACUGAGACUUACUUAGGUUUUGGAAACAGUCUUCCUGACAAACCCUUGAAAAAGGUGGAAGCCGGUAAAGAACAAUUAAAAAAUAUAUGCCAUAAAUAUAGUAAAAUCACUGACAAAGCUGAGUUAAUCGAGGAAUUGACAAGGUUAUUAAAAAAUACAGAGAGUAAUCUGCCCGACUCUCAAUUGGAAAACAGACAGCCACAUUUGUACAAAGAACUCAGCUCCAUUUUUGUAAGCAUACCAAAAGCAAAAUACGAGCUCACACCAUUUUACUAGUAACAAAAUCAGGCUAUGUGGAUUUAAUUGAAAUAAGCAUGAAAUCACCUAUAAAUGUUGAAGCUCCGUACUGGGAAAGGAAAGAAUUUAAAUUUGAUUUGAUUUGAUUUGAUUUGAAUAUCCAAAAUCAUCUGUGAAUACAAAUGAAAUUCUAUGAAAUAAAUACAUAUGUGUAAAAUUAAGGUGUCUUCCAUAA